AUGGCGCUAUCGUGCUUUGCUUGUUUCGGCGGAGGGAACAAGCAGCAGAGACGGGAGGAAGAGGAACGAGUCUCGUUGGAGGCUCGAGCCAAAGCCGCCGAAGCCGCUCAGAGAAGGCAAGAAGAAUUUGAAAAAUCUGCUGCUGGAAGGGCUGCGAAGGCACAGUUGCAGGCAAUGACAAAGCAAUCUGCAAACCAGAAUAAAGGCGAACCGGUUCUGAAGUGGCAAAUGGGUUGA